UCUGUAUCGUACCGCCACCCAAUCGCCCUUUCUGGUUAACAUUGACAACGAUGAGUAGAGAUAGCUCCUCCCAAAUUCCUCUUUUCUCAAGGUCGACUGCUGCAAAGCGGGACUCGCUGACCGCAGAACUAGAGCGAGACCCUCGCCUUUCCACGGCUCGCCGUCAACAGCGCUCCCAAGCUUUCUCUUCCACUAUGGCACAUGCAUCUCUCGAAAGACAGCUCGCUACUCUUCAGACUACAAAGACGGAGCUCGAGACCAAGCUGAGGGAGCGGGACUUGACGGUGGAGAGACUUGAAAGGGACCGCAGGUGGUUUUCUGACAGGGAAACAGAGGAGCGCGAGGAGAAGGAACGUGAAAGGGCAGAGAGGGAAGAAGAAAAGAAAAAAACCGACGCUGAAUUGCGCUCUUUAAGAGAAAAUUUAACGGCACUACGAGAGGAAUAUGAAGAUCUUCAUGACUCCCAUUCUACACUGUCAAGGUCAACUUCGCAGACAAGCGCUACCCAAGAAUCCAAGAUCGCUACUUUGACACGACAAGUUCAGCUUCUAGAGGAAGAACUCACGCAGACAAAGGAGCUUGCAGAAGACCGUUUGCGUUCCAUGCAUGACCUGCAGGAAUCAAUCAAUAAUUUAGAAGAACCGCCACGACGGGAGGAUAAUGAAGACAUGACAAUUAUUCGAGAAGAAUUGCGUCGGCAGGCCACUUAUCUUCGUCAAUUAGAGUCUGAAAAUGCAGAGUUACGCGUUUUGAAGGCGCGGAGUCAAAGCAUCGAAGUCUUGAAGGAGGAGAAGCGUGGUUUGGAGCGAAAGCUGCGGGGUAUGGAUGACCUGCGACGUCAAGUCGUGGAGUUGGAGGCCCAAGUGGAAGCGGGAAGACAGGAAAGACAAGAGUGGGCAAACAAGUCACUGGACGUGGAGGCUCAGUCACCCUCACGAACGCCUAUCAGUGUCACUCAAAGUUUGUCGGAACUUCGUUUAACUCACGCUAAACUACUGGAAGAGAGUGGCGCUACAAAUGCAUUGUUAAGAGCGAGGGAGGCUGAGCUUGACGAAGUACGGGAAAGUGAGGGAGAGUUAAAAGAGCGUAUCAAGGUUCUGGAAGCAGAUGCGAGCGGCCUAAAGGAGAAUCUUGAACGGGAACGAAGGCGAGUGGAGUUGGCUGAGAGGGAGGUCGACUUCUCAAAAGCGAUGGUGGCUAGUUUCACGGCGGAGGAGACUAUGAAAGAAGGCCCUGCGACCAUCGAUGAAGCCCAGAUGCAGCGGUUACAGCACGCCGAAGCUCUCCUUGAGGAGUAUAAGGGCGUCAAUGACAAAUUAACCCUAGAGUUGGAAGCCCUCACAGCGUCUCGUGGCUCUGUUGUAGGAACGGAUCUACUCCAGGCGGAGAAGACGCAGAGACUUCAAAUUCAAGAAGCUCUCGCUCAAUACAAGGAGGAAAACAAGAACCACCUUAACAAGAUCGACGAGCUCGAGCAACAGCUAUUUGACCUCGGAGGGGAGGUCGCUGGUGGACGACACGUUCCUCCAGGAGUGCGAAUUCUGCAACUGAAAGAGAAUCCACUACAAGAUUGGGUGGAUUUACGGCAAAGUGCAAUGGAUCGAUUGAAGGGAGAGAAUGAGGCGCUUAUCAAGCGAUUAAAGGAGCUAGAAGAAAGCGGCAGUAGAGGCGUGGCGACCUCUGCACAACCUGGGGAAGAACUGGUUCCCAGAGAGAGCUGGGAGCUUGUUAGUAAAGAAAAGGCAGAUUUGGAGGAGCUCGUGGAACGGAAGGAGAAGAGGCUUCUGAGAUUGCAACAAAUAUUCCAGUCAAAGUCUGCCGAGUUCCGAGAGGCCAUCGCGUCAAUUCUGGGCGUGAAGCUAGCCUUCUACCCAAAUGGUCAAGUCAGGGUCACGUCGCUAUACGAUUUAAACGCAAGUUUCGUUUUCUCGCCCGAAAAAGGCGCCAGUGGUGUGAACAUGCAACUCGUAGCUCAAGGCGAGGGUGCACCGGAAGAGAUACAGAGUUCGAUGCAAUAUUGGGUCGGAACAGAGCAGUGUAUCCCGGGAUUCAUGGCAACUGUGACCCUGGAGUGCUACGAAACAUGGAAGAAGGAGAACAGUGGAAAUACGACGAUGUGAGGACGGGACUUGGCAGGCGGCGGAUACAGUUAUGUGUGUAAGAUAGAAAGGGACAUUAUUUAUCGGGACUAAUGACAACCAAGAUGUUCACAGAGGCGCAUGGACGAAUGGUUUGCAACAAUGUCCAACCAGGCAAAACGGAGAACAUUUAUAUCUCGACAUAA